CCCAGCUGUCGGGCAGCUGACUACUGUUUCCAUGUGCUCCCUUUCUUUAAUCUCAUGAGCAGCAGCUGGCUGAGCAGCAAGGACCCAGAGUUGCAGCAGGAUGCGGUCAAGGUGCUGGGGCCUGCAAUGGGCCUCCUUCUCCACCAUGAGAGGCAUCAUGAUACUGUUUUUGAGAGGCUCCCCUGUCUCCUGCAGCAGUACGAGGGACAGCUCAACAAUCUUCAUGUCACCAUGAGUCUGAGCCAGAUCUUGGAGGUGGCCUAUGAUUUUCAGGUCCCUCUCCCCAAUGGGAAACUCAAGAGCAUCUCAGAUCUGGGAACACAGCAGCCUGCUGGUCAGGACAAGAACAGUCCAGAAACACACCCGUCCCUAGGAAGGACCAAGAGAGUCCAGCCCCAGCACCCAUGCACCCAAUAACUAGCCCCACUCUCUGCAGGGAAAUGGCAG